AUGCCUGCAGAGAAAAUUGAUCGUGGACAUGGCUUCAUAAAACAACAGAUCAAGUAUUUUAUAAAGCGGACGAUCAUGAAAGAGGGAGAGAGUUUCAGAUCGCUAAUUCGGUCAUCAAAAUUUCUUAUUCUCCUCCCCAGCUCGACCGAUGAGGUACUUUCCUGGGCUGCAAAAAAUCCAAAGGAGCUACCAUGGUAUGAUCCUCACUUCUUUCAAUGUUUCAACAACAUGGUCAACCUCGCUAAGACAACUCAUCAUGCAAUUGGCGGUCUCUUAGAACUGCUCAAGCCUAUCAUGAGAGAAGUGAUGGAGAUUUAUGAGAAGGGAUUGAGUGUCACGUGGCUUCAGUCUCACAUGAACGAUCAAGUUAGUCUCUUCUUCAAUUCGUUCCAACAGACAGUCAACCUAGCCGAGAAAUUUCAUCUUGAAUUUGCCUGUGCCAUACAAGAGCUUAAGACAGUCGAUGUAGAGCCAAUCAUGGAUGUCAAGUGGGGAAUAAGUGUGUGUUUUUCGUCAACUAUGCAGGGAGGUCUUGGCAGUGUGAAAGAAGAUAUUAAGUCUAUCAAGAGUGAAGUGAUGGAGAUGUAUGAGAAGAUGUAUGGCAUCGGAGGACUCAUGCAGAUUAAAAGUUCUUCCCACGAAAUAUCAUCAAAACCCACCAGCCCAGUAGUAGUGGAGGAAGAAACUAUAGUCGGUUUAGAAGAUGCCAUUAUGACAAUAAUGGAGUUGCUUACCGAACAACAUGAAAAGGAGCUUAAAAGUGUACCCAUUAUCGGAAUGCCCGGACUUGGUAAAACAACUCUGGCCAAAAGAGUAUACAGUGAUCCUCUUAUUGCACAUCACUUUUAUAUUCGUGCAUGGACCAAUGUAUAUCAAGCAUACCAAAAAAGAGAUUUGUUGCUUACCAUUCUAAACUCUGCACAUAUCCAGCUUAACAGUGAAAUCGACAAGAUGAGAGAUGAAGAUAUAGGUGUCUGUUUGUACAAAAGUUUGAAAGGUAUGCGAUAUCUUGUUGUCAUGGAUGAUUUAUGGGAGAUCAAGGUCUGGGAUGAUUUGAAAAGAUAUUUUCCAAAUGACAACAACGGAAGCAGAAUCAUGUUCACCAGUCGACCGGCUUUGCAUGCCAACCCAUACAAUUUGCGAUCUUUAGAUGAAGAUGAAAGUUGGGAAUUAUUGGGGAAGAAGACUUUUGGGAAAGAAAGUUGUCCUCGAAAGUUGUUAACAAUUGGGAAACAAAUUUCCAAAAAAUGUCAAGGAUUACCGCUUGCGAUUGUUGUAGUAUCUGGACUUUUAGUAAAGAAUGACAAAACACAAGAAUGGUGGAGUCAUGUUGCUAAAAGUGUGAGUUCAUACAUAGCUAGUGACCCAGACCAAUACAUGGAGACACUGUCAUUGAGUUUCAACCACUUGCCUCUUCACUUGAAACCAUGCUUCCUCUAUUUUGGUGCAUUCCCCGAAGAUUUUGAAAUCCCUGUUCGUCAGGUCAUAUGGUUAUGGGUAUCCGAGGGAUUUAUACGGCAUAAUGAUCUGAAAAACUUGGAAGAUGUGGCAGAGGAUUACUUAAUGGAUCUAAUUGAUAGAAGUCUAGUAGUUGUUUCCAAGAAAAGGCAUGUCGCAUCCACGAUCUCUUGCGUGAUUUAUGCUUGA